AUGAAUUCACUUUUGAAAUCUGUGAAAUCUAUCGCCAACAAAAGGCAUUUCCUUGUGAAAGAGUCACUGAGGAAACAAUUGAACGCAACGGUAAUGGAGAUUCAAGGUGUCGAGGGAAUAUCAGAAGGUACUGUCGGGAACUGCGAGGAAACAAUGGCACUUUGUUCAGUACUAGAAGCAAUAUUCCUUCACGGCUUGAAGGACAGUCUUUUAAAUCGAGUUACAGAGGUGCUCAGUGGACCAGACUUUGACGCGAUGCCCCAGCCAAGUUUCUGGGGUCCACUGCUUGUCUUUUCGCAUCGUGAGAUGAUCGAUCAGAUCCAAAAUUUCCAACAAAUAACCACCGAAGUUGGUUAUUGUCGUGCGUGGAUACGACUUGCCCUUAAUGAGGGUCUUCUCUCAAGCUAUCUUUCAUCAAUACAGCAAGAAGAUUCAGCAUUGAAGCCUUAUUACGAUAAGUCUGCGUUUAUUCGCGAUGCGGAUCACGUAGAGGUUACCAGAAGAUUGAUUGAGAGCCUGGAGAGUAUUACUUUCGAACUGGCCUGUAAUACUAGUUUAUUAAAUUUCUGGUCAAGCACACCACUUCUUAUGGCAGCCAUCUGGUUGCCGCCCAUGAAAUCAUGUCCAGUCUUCAGCGCAGUAGACAUUGCCAAGACUAUCAACAGCGAUCCGAUAGACUCGUCUUACAACAGUGAUGAUGUUGAAACAGCUAGCUCGAUUGGCAGCAUGGGCUCUUUUUCAUCACAAUCUAUUUUGAAUAAUAUCAACUCUGUCAAUGAAGAUGAUGCUUUGAGAAUAAUCUUAGCUAAUGGUGGAAGAUCCAUCAAAAUUGACGACAAAAUUGCUGGGAGAGACAUCGGAGAGUCUAGCAGAUCACAGCCAAUUAAAGAUGCUCCGAAAAUCGAUAAAGAAACUGAUUCAACAAAACAAGAAACUGAACCUACGUCAACUGAUGUAGCGACAGCUGAAGUUAAAAUUAUUGAAAAUGAGGCGGCAGGUGUAGAAGAAGACAAAGAAAUAGCAAAAAAUGAAGUUGUUGGUAAUUCUUUAAUUGGCAAACUCGGUUGGUCUACUUCAUUAGAAGAAGGCGAAUCUUCUAUGACUUCUUCAAUGAUAUCACGAAAUUCUCUGGCAGAACCACGCACUCCUGGGGAUGGAGCGACUUAUGACGCUUUAAUUAAAAGUUAUCAUACCGCUGGGUAUGCUACUUCACCAGAUCUUUGUGAAUUUCUUGAUAAAUAUACGCCAGGAGCUACUCAAAUUAAAGAAGAGCCCCAACCUGAUGAAGUUGGAGAUGACUUGGAAGAACAAAUAGGCAGGUUACCAAAUGAAAAGGGUCUAGAUGUUCAAAACUACAGUUGUUUCGACUGCGGACAUGCUAUAGGAUUGACUUUUUUGAAAGCUUAUGUUUGUGGAUUCUCUGGAAAUUAUUUUUGUACAAAUUGCAUGGCAACAGAAGAAUUUUUAAUUCCUUCACGGAUAAUUCACAAUUGGGAUUUAAAACACUAUCGAGUUAGUGUAAAAGCGGCUACGUAUCUUACAGAUUGUGCUACUCUACUGAACCUUAAACUUCUUAAUCCUAAAAUUUACGCAGCGGUAGAUAGCAUGGCACAGUUGCGUACUUUGAGAAUACAAUUGAAUCUUCUGCGGGCGUAUUUGUUCACCUGUCGUGAGCCAAUCAUUGAGUCACUGCAAAAAAAAGUUACGCCACGAGAUUACUUGUACGAGCAUGUACAUCAAUACUCGGUAUCAGAUCUUUUGGAUGUACCUUCGGGAGCUUUAGCCCAGCAACUCCAGAAAAUUGUCGAGUUUGCGAGGAAUCAUGUUUUAAAUUGCUGGCUUUGUAGUCAAAAAGGCUUCAUAUGUGAAGUUUGCAAUAAUCCAAAAGUUAUUUAUCCUUUUGAUAUGGCGUCGACAUACAGAUGUGGAGAAUGCAAUGCUGUAUUUCAUGCUGAUUGUCUAAAUUCGAAAAAUCCGUGCCCCAAAUGUGAGCGCAAACGUAAGAGGAUGGAUCGACCACCAAUUGAUGCUCAAGAAUCAUCAACGUGA